AUGGCAGUCAAGAUGGCAACCAACAUGGAGGCCAACAUGGCAGCAAGGGGGCAGGUUUUGGGCUCAUGUCAGUGGAACUACUGGGAUCAAAGAUUAUGUGAUGAGGCAGGGGCUUUUAGGACCAAUAUGGUAGCCAAGAUGGUGAUGAACAUGUCAGCCAACAUGGCAGGUGAACAGAAAUGCUUCCUCUGCGAUUCCAAAUACCCUUAUAACCCCUACACGCAGCUGAACAGUCACAGAAUUGAAAAUGUCAUCACAACUUUCGAACCAGACAGGAAAAAAAAAUGGUGGCAAUCAGAAAAUGGCAUCGAUCUUGUCAGCAUCAGACUAGAUCUAGAAACCUUAUUCCAGUUCAGCCAUCUUAUACUGACAUUUAAGACCUUCCGGCCUGCAGCAAUGCUGGUGGAGCGUUCCACAGAUUCUGGUCAGACCUGGAAAGCCUUUCGGUACUUUGCCCAAGACUGUGCUGCUGCUUUCCCUAACAUCCCUUCCGGUCCAGCAAGAGGAGUGAGGGAUAUUGUCUGUGAUUCAAGAUAUUCAGACAUUGAGCCUUCCACUGAAGGCGAGGUUGUCUUGAAAGCUUUGGAUCCCAGCUUUGAAAUAGAAAACCCUUAUGUGCCAUAUAUCCAGGAACUCAUCACCUUAACAAAUCUGCGAAUCAAUUUCACGAAACUCCAUACCCUAGGAGAUACUUUACUUGGAAGAAGGCAACAUGAUCCCCUUGAAAAAUAUUAUUAUGCAGUUUAUGAAAUGGUUGUCCAUGGAAGCUGCUUUUGCAAUGGACAUGCUAGCCAGUGCAGUCCAGUGCAGAAACUACGAGGAGAUGUUUUCCAUCAGCCUGGAAUGGUUCAUGGUAGAUGUAUCUGCCAGCACAACACUGAUGGCUUGUCCUGUGAGAGGUGUAAAGAAUUCUACAAUGAUGCUCCCUGGAGGCCAGCGGAAGGAUCACAGGAUAAUUCUUGCAAACAAUGUGAUUGCAAUGGCCAUUCUGACAGAUGCCAUUUUGAGAUGGCAGUGUACCUAGCUAAUCAUGGCAUCAGUGGCGGCGUCUGUGAUGACUGUCAGCACAAUACCAUGGGACAACAUUGUGACCAGUGCAAACCUUUCUUUUACCAGGACCCACUCAGAAUGAUUUCUGACCCUCAUGCAUGCCUCCCCUGUGACUGUGACCCAGAAGGUACAUUAUACAGUGGACGGUGUGAAAGCCACACAGACCGCACUCUUGGAAGUCUUGCUGGUCGAUGCCUUUGCAAGGAGAAUGUUGAAGGAGUCCGUUGUGACAAGUGCAAGCCAAACUACUAUGGGCUGAGCAGCGGCAAUCCUCUGGGCUGUCAGUCCUGCAACUGUAAUCCUUUUGGUAGUUUGUCUUUGUCAAUCUGUGACCCAGUGACUGGAGAGUGCCUCUGCCAGUGGUUCACCACUGGGCAACAUUGUGAAGAAUGCGUUUUGAUUGAAAUCAGCACUCAGAGAAAGAAAAUAAAUUACAAAAUCCCAUCUGCAAAUAUCUGUGGAAAUCAAAUGUUGAGUUUUAUAAUGGGGAGAGUUCAAACUGUAGGGUAUUGGGGACUUGGGAACAGUUUGUAUGGUUGUUCUCCAUGUGAUUGUGACAUUGGUGGAGCCUACAAUAGCCUAUGCUCAUCAAAUGAUGGUCAGUGUGAGUGUCUCCCUAACAUUGUGGGCCGUCAGUGUAAUGAACCAUCCCCAGGCUACUUCUUUGUACCACUGGAUUAUUAUACCUAUGAAGCAGAGCAUGCAAAGGCACUCUCUGGAUCUGCACCGCUGGUUAAGCCAACAGCUUUUCCAAGGUGUGAUAUCUAUUUCCAGCAGCAAGGAUAUGAUUUCACAAUUGAAAAUGGAAGGAUUAUACUUAACAGGAGUAAGAAACGAAGCAUGAGAAAAGUAGGUCUGAAACGGGGUUCAGUCCAGUUUGGAAGGAACUCUAUUCUGGACAUUGUUUUCAGAGAGCCUCUCCCUGGGAAACCUGUCACAUGGACAGGGUCUGGGUUUGUCCGUGUUUCAAAUGGAGCCAGAUUAAGAUUUACUAUCAACAAUAUUCCCUUUACCAUGGACUUUGACAUUGCCAUUCGUUAUGAGCCUGAGUCUUUAGAAGACUGGAUAGCGAGUAUUGCUGUUAACCCCCAUGGAACUUUAGCGAAUGAACGCUGCAAGAACAAGCCAGACCCACAGGAGCCAUAUGCAUUGGCCCUACCAGCUAGAAAGAGAAUUGCACUUCUACAGACUCCUUUCUGCUUAGAACCAGGAGCAGGGUAUUCUGUAGAUGUUUAUUUUUCUCAGCCUUCUGCCUCUGACUCAAAGACUAAAUCAGCCAUCUUGAUUGAUUCACUUGGUCUUAUUCCUAGAAUCAGUUCUGUGGAGAACUUGUGUAGUAAGAAAGAUUUGGAUGAGUAUCACCGGUAUCAUUGCAUUGAAAUUGCUUCAGAAGUUGGACCUCAUAUUUUACCAGAAGUAUGUGCAAGACUCAUAGUGAGCAUGUCUGCUCGUAUUCACAAUGGAGCAGUUCCAUGCAGGUGCCAUCCUCAGGGGUCACUGAGCUCCAACUGCAGUAAGCUGGGAGGCCAGUGUCAAUGCAAGCCUAAUGUUUUAGGCCGCUGCUGUGACAGAUGUUCAGUCGGGAGUUACGGUUUUGGAUUCCGUGGUUGUUACCCCUGUCAGUGCCAUCCUCAAGGAUCAGUGAGCACUCUCUGUGAUCAAGUGACUGGGCAAUGUUCAUGCCGCCCAGAAGUUGAUGGUCUGCGAUGCAGUCAAUGCCUCCCUGGAUAUUUUGGAUUUCCCAAUUGUCGACCAUGUUCAUGUAAUGGCUAUGCAGAGCUUUGUGACCCAGUGACUGGGGCAUGCCUAAGUUGUAGAGGCUUCACAACUGGAAGUAGCUGUGAAAGAUGUAUUGAUGGUUAUUAUGGGAAUCCUCUAAAAAGAGUGCCUUGUUGUCCUUGUAUGUGUCCAGACUCUCCUACAAGCAACAGAUAUUUUGCACAUUCCUGUUACCAAGAUUCUCAGACUUUGCAAUUAGUCUGCAAUUGUCUCAAGGGCUAUUCAGGCAAUCGAUGUGAUGAGUGCCCUAGUGGAUUCUAUCUGAAUGCAAGAAGCCCCAGGACUCAGUGUUUGCCCUGCUCCUGCAAUAAUAACAUUGAUAUGACAGAUCCAGAAUCCUGUAACAAGACUACAGGAGAAUGCUUAAAAUGCUUAAACAACACACAUGGGCCCAACUGCCAGUUCUGCAAACCGGGCUACUUUGGAUCUGCCCUUAUUCAGAGCUGUAGAAAAUGCACUUGCAAUCUUUCAGGCGUGAGCCCAGCAAUAUGUCCAUCUGAAAAUGAAGCUUGCCUCUGCAACCCAACAACUGGAGCCUGCCCUUGCUUACCUAAUGUGAUAGGUUCAUUGUGUGACCAAUGUGCUCCUGGCUACUGGAACCUGGGUAGCAGGAAAGGAUGUCAGCUCUGUGGCUGUGAUCCAAAAAACUCUCAAACUAACCAAUGCAACCAGUUUACAGGCCAAUGUCUGUGUAAAUCAGGCUACCGUGGAAGGCACUGCAAUGAAUGUGAGGAAAAUUACUUCGGCAAUCCACAAACACAUUGUAUUUCAUGUAAGUGUAACCAGGAAGGAACACUCAACUCAUGUGACAAAGCCACUGGAGCUUGCAGCUGCCAUGCUGGUGUCACAGGAAGGUUCUGUGACCAGUGUGGUCGAGGCUUCAAGCAAGAAUUCCCCACGUGCCCUCGCUGUCACCUUUGUUUUGAUCAGUGGGAUCAUAAAAUCACUGCCCUAUCUCAAGCUGUUCAAGGGUUAAUUAAAUUUGCUGCAAAUCUGGAAGAUGAGAAAGAGACAAUGCCCAGCUAUGAUACACACUUUAAAAGCUAUGAAGUGAUGAUUUCUGAAAUAGGAAGAAUUUUAAAAAGUCCUGUUCUUUCACUGAAAAUGUUCUUAAACAUCAAGGAUUUCUAUGAUUACAUUCGGCAAAAAGUCACUCAAGUGGACCUGUAUCACAGUGUAAUGAAUGAAUUUCCUGACCUCAGUGGGAACAUAGAAGAUAUUUGGAAAGAAACUGACCAGCUAUAUGCAGUCCUGCAACAGAAAAUGCGUCUAUACCACAGUUUUAAUUAUUUGACUCUCAAAGAGUCUUUCACCAAUAUCAGAAAGUAUUACCAAACAUCAUCAUCUGCUGAAGAGAAAAUCAGUGGAAUAACUGCUUUGAUUAGGGACUCCAGAAACACCAGAGAUAAAGUACUCGCUAUGUUAGAUGAUCAGGGCUCAAAAAAGAUUUACAUGUUGGAACAACUCAAGAUGAUCAAGACUCCAGAUAUCCAUAAAUUUAAUGAAAAGAUUUGUGGACUACCAGGAAACCUGCCAUGUGUUACAGCAGCUUGCGGAGGAGCUUUAUGUCGAGAUAGUUAUGGAAACAGGCAGUGUGGUGGGCCAUCCUGUAAUGGAGCUCUUCCUCUCUCUACGAGUGCAGUCAAGAAAGCUGUGGAAACAGACAUGCUAUUAAAAAAACUGACUAGCUGGCUACAAGAACCUGAGAAGCAGAUUGGAAGCAUCAGAAAAAUGGCAGAAGACACCAAGUUGAGAAGCUCACAGUUGCAUGGGAAACUACAGAAAGCUAAGAAUCACAUUGAUAUGGACAGAGAGAUCACAAAGGAAUUCAUCAGGAAAGUGAAAGACUUUUUGUUAGAUGAGAGUGCAUCUCCAGAAGACAUAGAGAAGGUUGCAAAUUAUGUUUUACACAUAAACCUCCCAAGGACUGCACAGCAGCUAGCAAAUACACUUGAGAAAAUUAGAAACCUCAUCACACACUGUGAGAACUAUGAAAUCAAUCUGGACAAGCUAAAUAAACAAGUGGAGGAAGCUCAGACGCUCUUGGUGGAAGCUAAACAAGCAGAGGAAGCAACUAAAGCUCUUCCUUCUUCUGAUGAAAUGCUAAAUAACCUGAAAAAGGCUAAAAACACUCAACAGCAAACUAAAGACAUUGUCAACGGGUUGAACGGAGACCUACAGGGAAACGGAAUAAAAAUCUCCCAGGCUGAGAAUCAAGUAAACAAGGGAAAUGAUGAACUGGAAGACUUGUCAGAAAAGAAGUCUCAGUUGGACAAUGAAAUUGCCACAUUACAGGCAAAAAUGGUGACUAACAAGGACCAAGCAGCAGAGGCCAAAGCAGAUGCAGAAAGGGCACAGGAAACAGCUCUGGACUCUGAUAAAGAAUUUGCCAACCUUAAAAGAAACUACACCGUUCUGCAAGAAAAGCUAAAAAGGAAGGGGCUUCCAAAGGAAACUUUAGAAAAAUUGAAGCAGCUAAAAGAAGAAGCAGAGAAACUGGCUGAAGAGACUGAAGAAAAAAUCAAAAGAAUAACAGAUUUGGAAAAGAAGCUCCAAGAUCUGAAUCAAACUAGACAAGAUAAGGCUGAUCAACUAAAGCAACUAGAGGAUCAAGUAACAGCAAUUAAAAACGAAAUAAUGGAGCAAGAAAGCAAAUAUGCUACUUGCAAAAGUUAG